GUUAAUACAGACCUUUUUUUCUCUCCUUCUACAAACACCUACAGAAUAAAGUGUUCUGCUGUAGAUUCUGUAGUUUUGGAACAUCUUCAACUUCCUAGGCACCAUGGCAGGGAGUUGACUGAUCAUCCAACUGCAGCUGCUAUGUUGGCUUCUCUGCCUGAAUGUCUGUGGGCAACAGGUCCUACGGAUGUGGGGCUUGUUGAUGUCACACCUGUCACUUUUGAUUUGCGACCAGGCCCUCCUAUUUGGAGGUCUCAGUAUCCUCAUAAGCAGGCGGCAGAAGAGGGACUAGCGGAAACAAUUGGGGGUCUUCUGGAGGCUGGUGUGUUAGAAUCUUCCACCUCUUCCUGGAACACUCCUAUUUUACCGGUCGAGAAAAAAGGGACGGGUAAAUACCGCAUGGCACAUGAUCUCCGGGCGAUUAAUUCUGUUUUAUUGACCCCUACGGUGCCAGUCCCUAAUCCUCAUGUUGCAUUAACUAACCUUGAUCCCUCUCAGACUUGGUUUUCCUGUGUGGACCUUGCUAACGCUUUCUUUUGUCUCCCAUUGGCUGAGGAAUGUCGAGACGUGUUUUCUUUCACCUACGGGGGUCAGCAGCUGAGAUAUACACGUUUGCCUCAGGGUUUUGCUCUCUCCCCAGGGCUUUUUAAUCAGGUUUUGAAACAGCAGUUAGCAGACUGCUCGUUACCAGACGGCGUGACUCUGAUUCAGUAUGUGGAUGACCUCAUGCUUGCAGCACAGUCGUUGGAGUCCUGCAUUGAGGCCACGCGACGUUUGCUGUCACACCUUGCUGACGGAGGUUUUAAAGUGAGCAGGUCUAAAUUGCAAAUUGCGAGAAAGCAGGUUUCUUUCUUGGGGCGGACUAUCACUGCGACUGGCACUCAGAUGUCUGCCAGUCACAAAUCUGCUAUUCUUGAUCACCCUAAACCACACACGGUGAAAGACAUGCUGUCCUUUCUUGGUUUGACUGGAUAUAGUAGGAACUAUGUUCCUAACUAUACUGGUUUGACAGACCCUUUACGGGCAUUAGUCAGGGAGCAUGGGACUCGUAAGCUCAACCAGGUUUUGACUUGGACUGUGGAGGCGGAAGAUGCUUUUAUCUCUCUGAAACAGCAAUUGGCUGCUGCUGCCCAGUUGGCUGUCCCAGAUUAUGCUUCGCCCUUUUAUUUGGAUGUUUCUGUUACAGAACUGACGGUUAAUGCAGUUCUGUUUCAGAAAAAAGGGGGAGACAGGAGAAUCCUCCAAUAUGUCAGCACAAUGUUGGAUCCGAUGGAAAAAAGACAUCCGACAUGUACAAGACAUGCAGCAGGUGUGGGAAAAAUGAUUCAAAAGACAGCACACAUUGUGAUGGGUCAUCCAUUACAGGUUAUGACAUCACACAGCGUGGUGGCAUAUGUGAAUUCACAACAUUUCACAUUAACUACAUUGAGACAACAAAAACUGAGCAAAAUUCUGGAAUCACCUAAUAUAACUUUUGUACAUAUCGGAGCGAAUAUGGCUGACAGGAUGCAAGAUGGACAGCCACACAACUGUGACGAAUUAGUACUGAAGGAAGAAAAGAUAAGACCGGACCUACAAGCUUCUCCUCUAGAAGGUGAAGAUGUGAAAAACUUUUAUACAGACGGUUGCUGUUUUAAACAUGACACAGACGGUUUGAGAGCAGCAUAUGCGAUAGUGGAAGACUUGGGCAGUGAGUUUCGUGUUUUGAAGGCAGAAAAGCUGCAGGGUGCCCAAUCGGCACAGAGGGCAGAAGUAAAAGCAAUGGUCGAAGCACUGAAACUGGCUGAGGGAAUGAGGGUGAAUCUUUACAGUGAUUCAGCGUAUGUGGCUAGCGCUGUACAUGUGGAACUUCCUCAGUGGCUCAGAGCAGGAUUUAUGACUGCAACACAAAAGCCCAUAAAACAUGAAACUGAAAUGAAAGAAUUGGCGGAGGCAUUACUGUUACCUCAGUCUGUGGCUGUGAUUAAAUGCAAGGGACAUGAUCAGAGCAAGACCAGAGUUGCAGCAGGAAACGCAGCCGCGGAUGAGGCCGCUAAGAGGGCAGCGGGAUACCUGACAUCUCUUGUGAUGGUGAGUACUGAAUUUGAACAGGUCGAACAAAAUCACUUUGAAAAAAUUAUUUCUCAUCAGAAAACCGUGUCACCUGAGGAACGAUCAGUCUGGAGAGCAAGAGGUGCCGUCUGCAAUGAAGGACUCUGGCGGGGACCAAAUGGUAAAGUAAUUCUUCCUCCAAAUAUGAGAUUCCAGGUUUUCCAGGAAGCUCACGGACUCGGACAUGUGGGUAUUGCACAGAUGCUAAAAAAUCUAGAGCACUGGUGGCAUCCAUUUUUGAGAGACAUGGUCAAGGAAUAUGUGAAAACAUGUGAAAUUUGUGGACAACACAACGCAAAACCAACUAUUCGGCCACCAGCGGGACAUUUCCCUUGUACUACACAACCGGGUAAGGAAAUAAUUAUUGAUUUCACAGACAUGAUAACACCCGUUAGAGGAUACAGGUAUGUAUUAAUGUGUGUGGAUGCAUACUCGGGCUGGCCGGAGGCGUGGCCAGCAAAAAAGGAGGACAGCAAAACUGUCAUAAAGUGUCGGAUCAAUCAUUACAUUCCGACCCAUGGAUUUCCAGAGAAGGUGAGAUCAGAUAACGGCACUCAUUUUAGGAACCAAGAUCUGCAGAAAGUGGAGCAGCUGCUUGGAUUGAAGCAUUCUUUCGGUACAGUAUAUCAUCCUGAGUCACAAGGCAAGGUUGAGAGGUUAAACCAAACUAUCAAACAAAAAUUGGCCAAAGUAUGUGCACAUACCAAAUUAAAUUGGGUAGAUGCUUUGCCUAUUGCUUUGAUGUCUGUUCGAAUGUCUAUUAAUCAAACAACAGGGUUCUCUCCAUUCGAGCUCCAGACCGGACGGAUUUUUCCAGGACCUGGGAGUCGCGUGCCCGGAUGGAAAGGUGAACUUGCACAUUUAUCUCAUAAAGAUUUCUUUACUGAGUUACAGAGUCUGGCUGCGGAAUUUGCAAAAUACCAGACGGCACAGGAGCGUCCAGCUUCAGGACCAGUUCCAGGAAUCGACUGGGUGCGCCUGAAGGUCAUCAAACGGAAGUGGUCUGAACCUCGCUUCACCGGACCACACCGAGUAGUGGAGAGGACGUCCCAUGCUGUUCGUCUACAAGGGAAAGGAGACACCUGGUUUCAUUGGAGUCAGUGCACAGCAGCCGAGGAGCCACAACGUGCGCUCCGAGACGUACAAGACGAGCUACGACUUCAAUCUUCGGACGAGGAGCAACGCCAGGUGCUUCCAGGGGGGAGUGUAGCAGGAAUUCCUGCCACAACCACUUCAGGUUCCUGAAAUUCAAAGUUCAAAAGGCUCGGACGGGCAUAAUAAUCCUGUUCCGAUGUCCUUCCAUUGAGGAAGAAGGAGAUUUCAUACUCUCCUUAAAAACUCACUGUUAUAUUGGCAUAAUAAUCCAAUUUUCAGUGAGCAACGGCUGCGAAGGUGGAAACUUGAGGUUUCCAACCGAGGAAGAUCAGGCUACAAGAAGAUCCACAUUAACUCAUUUUAUUGCGAGUUUUCGUUUUUGCGAACUUUAAAAGAACUUUCGUCUUUGCGCGUAAUUUUUAUCAUUUUUUGAAGAAGAUUUCAUAUUUUGUUUUUUACAGACUAUCAAAGAACAUUUGAAAAAAAAAAAAAAAAAAGAAGAUAUUGUGUAAUUCUUUAUCUCUGCAUGUUUUUGAUUUGUGGCGAGUAUUUUUAAGUUUCCAGAACACUUUUUAGUUAGUGUUAUGUGCAUAUCUUAGUCUUAUUUUUGCAUUUUUACAUUUUGGGGUGUUAUGUGUACUGUGUUUUGGGUUGCAUUAUGAUAAUUGAGUUUAUGAUUUUUUCAUAAUUGUAGAAUGAUAAGUGCCUUUCAUGUUUAAUUUUACCGGUGAAACUUUGCGGUUAAAAGGUGAGUAUUAAAAUUGUUGAAUAACGCAGGAUUACAAUUGACAGGUUCACAUGAUGGGGGUCAGCUUAAGAUACAUGAACUGGGAGUGGAAGUUUUUGCUAGGUGUGUUUCUUGAACUCAAUUUGCUGGGAAUGUGGGUUUUCGGAGGAUCCACGAGUGGACUCAUUUCCUCACAGACACUUGAUCUCCGACCGAGUUUUGUCGAGUGCGGAGUGUCUUGCGGAAAUGCGACUGUUCGUGUGGAGCGUUCUUUGAGACCUCCUGUUGAUAAGUGCCUCACUAAGUAUCGUGGAAUUGAGUUGAACUAUACUCUGGGUACUGUAACUAAUUACCAAAUUGAUCUGUGUGAGGUAAUUCGUCGCUGCUGGUCGACUCCUCAAUCCUGGCAGAAGACAUCUGUGUAUUUGUGUGGUGAUCUGACCUUCCAGCGACAUUGUAUUACUCAGGAAAAUGGGGUUCGACACUUGUGUCCCACUUGGAAAUCGGCUUUCAGAUGGGUGGGAUCAAGUUGGAGUCCACCGUAUGCUCAUAAAUCUGUCACUGAAUAUGACAAGGUUACCAUAAGACGAGGGACUUUAAGACAUUCUCCAGCGACGGGUAAAAAUCCUUUAGUGCUAACCA